CUCGCCGACCGCGCGCGUCCCCGGGAGGCGGGCCCGGCCGCGCGCGGGACAUGGAGGAGCGGGGCGGCGGCGCCGGCGACUUCAGGAAGCACACCGUGGAUCGGCUUCUUCGCCUGAAUUUCCGGGAUGGCAGAACCCGAGUUAACGCCGAGGCGCAGCUGCUGGUGGGCGAGCUGCUGAAGGUGUUCGUCCGAGCAGCGGCACGGGCAGCGCGGCAGGCUCAGGCAGAGGACCUGAAGAAGGUGGAUACUGAACAGGUGGAGAAAGUAUUGCCACAGCUGCUUCUGGAUUUCUAGAGGCUCCUGAAGCACAUGUCGCCUGUCAGCAGACAGUCCUGACACGUGUCUCUGUCCCAGUGUGUCUCUGAGGCUAACGGUCUCAACUUUUUCUUCCUCUGCCGUUUUGCUUCUGUUUCCUCUCCCCCUUAGUAAGCACAACACAGCCCAAAGCAACGAUGGAGUACAAUGAUGCUAUUUUUGAGAAGAGGGUGUCACAGGCUUAUUUUGUUCAACUGAGUACAUAACUGGUUUCUAUCUUGCUGCCUUACUCCUGUAACAGAGGCCUGUAUUUCACAACAUGGUAAGAAGCUGUUGCUUUCUCAGCUAAUGUGAGAAAGAGGUGCUGCUUCACAGAGAUGCAUGGAAAGACUUAAUGGCUGGAAAUACCAUCCAGCCUUCAGGCUCUCCUUGCCUCAAGCAGGAAGCUGUAACAGCAACUCCAGGUGCAGCUCCAAGCCUUCGUACUGAAUAGGUCAUUAACAGGAGCUUAGUCACAGGCUCUUGCCAAAAGCAGGUAACUGAUCUUUAUUUUAUAAAUAAACAGUGUCUGUCCCUCA